UACAAGAAGCACAAAUAGUAGUACCAUUUAUUUCUACAACAAAAAACAAAUUGUUCUUUGUUUCACUUGUUGCCAUGAUUUCUCUGGCUGAUGUUUACCAUGUUUUGGCUGCAACUAUCCCAUUAUAUGUUGCCAUGAUGCUGGCUUAUGUCUCUGUGAAAUGGUGGAAACUGUUUUCCCCAGAUCAAUGUGCAGGCAUAAACAAGUUUGUUGCGAAAUUCUCAAUCCCUCUAUUGUCAUUCCAAGUGAUUGCAAAUAACAAUCCUUAUAAGAUGAACCUCAAGCUCAUAUAUGCUGACUUUAUGCAGAAACUAUUCGCCUUUUUAGUACUGGUAAUAGUCACAAAAAUCAGUUCUAGAGGGGGUUUAAGGUGGAUCAUAACAGGCCUUUCUUUGUCGACACUGCCUAAUACUUUGAUCCUGGGAAUUCCAUUGUUGAAAGCCAUGUAUGGUGAUGCUGCAGCUGAUCUCCUUGCUCAAAUAGUUGUCUUGCAGAGCUUGAUUUGGUAUAACAUAUUGUUGUUUCUUUUCGAGCUUAAUGUCGCCAAAACUGCUGCUGUUACUCCAAAUCCUGAACCCACAGAAGAGGAACUGGAGGCGGUGCAAGAAUCGCAAUCUAAAGAGGGGGGAUCAGGGGAAGCUCAGAACAGAACAGCUAGGAAACUCAAAACCAUGCGCAUUCUCUUGAUAGUGGGAAGAAAGCUCAUAGCCAACCCCAAUACACAUGCAACUUUUCUAAGUCUCAUUUGGGCUAGUAUUCAAUUCAGGUGGGGAGUGAAAUUGCCAGAAAUUAUAGAUAAAUCAAUAAUGAUAUUGUCUACGGGAGGACUUGGAAUGGCAAUGUUCAGCUUAGGACUUUUCAUGGCAACAAGGCCAAGCAUAAUAGCUUGCGGGACGCGAUUGGCAGCAGUGGCUAUGGCACUGAAGUUCCUUCUGGGACCUGCUGUAAUGGCAGCAGCCUCUCUUGCUUGUGGACUAAGGGGCAAAUUGUUUAGAGUGGCAUUUGUACAGUGCAGGCAGCUCUUCCUCAAGGAAUCGUUCCGUUCGUUUUCGCAAAAGAGUACAAUGUUCAUCCAGAUGUAUUGAGUACAGGGGUACUUUUUGGCUUGAUCGUAGCCUUGCCAAUAGCAUUGGCAUACUAUUUCCUGUUAGCAUUGUAAAAUGCCAAGGAAAUUAGAUGCAACACAACAUCAAAAGAAGUUUAUGCGGUGCAGUUUCAAACUCAGGAAAGAGAUUAAAGUGUUAAAAAGAAGAAUUUUAGUUGUAGAAAUGAAGUCUUAUUCAGUUUAUUCAAAUUUCUUCUUCCCCAUGUGAA